AUGGCAGCUGUCAUAUAUUUGCGUAUUAUUACCGAAUUCGACUCAGUUUCUGUUCAUCUCAUUGAAGCGAAAACAAAAGUUGCUCCAACAAAGAGGCAAACGAUCCCACGUUUAGAGCUCAAUGCUGCACUUAUUCUCACAAAAAGAGUAGCUCAUUUUAAGUCCAUUUUAAAUCUUAAUCAUGUUUCCACUCAUUUGUGGACAGAUUCUUCUGUUGCUUUAACUUGGAUUAAAGGUCAUCCCUCCCGUUGGAAAGAUUACGUUGCAAACCGUGUUUUAAAGAUUCAAGAUGUUUUACCCCAUGCUAAAUGGCAUCACAUUCCAGGAAAGUGUAACCCUGCCGAUUGUGCAUCUCGAGGGAUUGCAGUUCAGCAGCUUAUCGAACAUCCCUUAUGGUGGCAUGGGCCGUUAUGGCUUUUAAAUCAUUCAUCAUCGUGGCCAUCUGCAGACAUAAAAUUUGGGCAAUAUCAAUUUAGAGGAAAGAUUAUCUCAUCGAACUGUAAACAUAGUGCGUCGUCAUCAAGAAGAGCCAAUCUGGGACCUAAUCAACAAAUUUUCAAAAUUAACUCGUUUGAUAAGGAUAACUGCUAUUUGCCGUCGAAAAUCAAGGCUCUUCAUGCAGGUCAGCAGUUGCAAAAUUCUCAUCCUCUAAGCAAGUUUACGCCAUUUAUUGACGCAUAUGGUCUACUCCGUGUUGGCGGGCGGUUACGCAAUGCUCUUAUUGAUCCAAAUGCUAAACACCCCAUUCUUUUGCCAUCCAAAUCAACGUUCACCAAUCUUUUGAUAGCAGAGGCGCACGAAAAGACUUUGCAUGGUGGUGUCCAGGUCAUGAGUGUUUAUCUGUGGCAAUCAUAUUGGAUACUUGGUGGUCGUUCAGCUAUUAAAGCAUUUAAUCAUCGAUGUGUACGUUGUGCAAAAAUUAGAGGAGUAACAGCUCGACAGCUCAUGGGCCAACUUCCAUCAAUUCGAACAAUUCCUGCUAGGCCGUUUCUUCACUCGGGUGUGGAUUAUGCCGGUCCAUUGUCUAUUAAGACAUGGCGUGGUCGCGGAGCAAAGCAAUACAAAGGCUAUAUCGCUCUUUUUGUGUGUCUAUCAACAUCUGCCGUACACCUUGAAGUCGCUUCGGACUAUUCAGUUGAUGGCUUUCUUGCGGCUUUUAAAAGAUUCGUCUCUCGAAGGGGAGUUUGCUCCACGCUAACUAGUGAUUGUGGUACCAACUUCAUAGGCGCCGAUGCAGAACUUAAGCGUCUCUUCACUCAGUGUUCAAAGGAGUACUCAAAAUUGUCAACAAUUUUGGCUAAUGACGGCACUCAGUGGAAGUUCAAUCCCCCAUCCGCGCCACAUUUUGGUGGAAAAUGGGAGGCCAGUGUCAAGUCUGUUAAAUUUCAUCUUCGAAGAAUUAUUGGUGACACUGCGUUAACCUAUGAAGAGCUAACUACCCUUUUAGCGCAGAUCGAGGCGGUCCUCAAUUCAAGACCUCUGUGCGCACUUUCAGAUGACCCCUCAGAUGUAAACGCAAUUACUCCUGCCCACUUCUUAAUUGGAUCAGCGCUGAAUGCAGUACCAGAGCCAUCUGUUCUUGAUUUUUCUGUUUCAAGAUUAUCUCGUUUACAACUCAUUCAACAAAUGAUUGAAAGCUUUUGGAAGCGUUGGUCCAAUGAGUAUUUACAGCGAUUUAGAUCAAUGUCCAAAUGGAAACAGCAAGAAAAUUCGAUCAAAAAGGGGUCAUUGGUUCUUAUUGCCGACGAAAGAUAUCCUCCUAUGAAAUGGCCUUUAGGUCGCAUCUUAGAAGUUCACCCAGGCCCUGAUGGACUUAUCAGAGUAGUAACUGUGAAGACUGCAUCGUCAACUCUAAAGCGUCCUUUGGUUAAAAUCUGUCCACUUCCAGUCGAUGAAGAAAGGGAUCUUAAAAAAGACUCCAACAUUUAA